AGGAGGAGGAGGAGAUCGUCCAUGCGCAAACUGUUAUGAUUGUAGCCUCGUAUCGCCGAGUUGCAAAGUUAACACAUUUGCAGCGUUUGAUGCUUUACGGUGACUGUACUAUUGUGAUUCCAAAUGGUGGUUCUCCUGAAAGGUGGUGGUCGUCGUCAUUGAAGCCAUGAAAACAGUUGAGUGUUUGAGCCAGAGAACAUUCCAAGGCCGUUGCUGAACUGGAGAUCAGACUGAAGAAUGCAGAACAGAGACAUGCAGCAGCUGUUGUUGAGUGAAGAAGAAAUGCUCCCUGAACAGCAGGACUUACAGCCAAUUGUUGAAAAGAAGCUUGUUAAAGAGGAACAAGAGGAACUCUUGACAAGUCAGGAGAUAGAGCGGCUUCACAAGGUGGAGGAGACUGACAUUCCAACGUUACCAUUCACUGUUAUCCUUGUGAAAACGGAAGAAGAGAAACCACAGGUUCACCAAAGCCAAAGUGGGGGUAACACAAAUGUUGAAACUGUAACAACUGCACCCAGAACACUGACAGCAAAAGCUGAAGAAGAGGACUAUGUAGGACCACAACCACUCAGUAACGUGAGUCCAAAUAAUUGUUUACAAUCAGACACCCAGAGCAGCCUCCCAGACAGUUCUGAAACUGAGUCUAACCAUAACAGUGAAGGGACUUGCAUCAGAGUGCUUUGUCUAGGUUCAAACUGUUUGAAAAUCAGUGAUACCUUUGUUGGCAAUAGCAGAGAUAAUUUCUCUGAAUGUGGAACAGCAUUGCGUCACAUGAAUUUUUCAAAGCAACACAUCACAACUCAUGGAAUUAAGAAACAUGUUAGUUUUCAUGAGUGGGAUAAAAGGUGGCAACAAAAGGGCUAUUUGGCCACCAAAAAUGGCCACAGAGGUGGCAAGUUGCUGGGCUGUGUUGAAUGUGGUAAAAGAUUCAGGACAAAAAGUGAUCUGAGCGCACACACACAAAUUCAUACAGGAGAGAAACCAUUUGGUUGUUCUGAGUGUGGAAAAAAGUUUAGAGAAAAGAAGAAACUGACCAUACACCUGAGAAUUCAUACAGGGGAGAAACCAUUUAGCUGUUCUCAGUGUGGUAAAGGAUUUAAAGAUAAACACUUUCUAAUUCGUCACAUGAGAAUUCACACAGGAGACAAACCAUUUGUUUAUGAGUGUAGUAAAAGAUUUCUAGAGAAAGUCCAUUUGAACAACCAUAUGAGAAUUCAUACAGGAGAAAAACCAUUUGGGUGUUCCGAAUGUGGUAAAAGAUUUCGAGAAAACGUCAGUCUGAAGAGACACCGGAGCAUUCAUACAGGAGAGAAACCAUUUGGCUGUUCUCAGUGUGGUAAACGAUUUAGAAUAAAUGCUAGGUUAGAGACACACAUGAGAAUUCAUACAGGAGAGAAACCAUUUGGCUGCUGUGAGUGUGGGAAAACAUUCAGGGAGAAACGCAUUCUGAAUUUACAUUUGAGAAUUCAUACAGAGGAGAAACAGUUUGGUUGCUGGGAAUGUGGUAAUAGCUUUCAAGAUAAAUACACUCUGAACAAACACAUGAGAAUUCACACAGGAGACAAGCCAUUUGUCUGUUCUGAUUGUGAUAAAAGAUUUCGAGAAAAAGCCCACUUGACCAGCCACAUGAGAAGUCAUACAGGAGAGAAGCCAUUUGGCUGUUCUGAGUGCGGUAAAAGAUUUGGUGAAAAGGUAAGUCUGAACAGACACCUGAGCAUUCAUACAGGCGACAAACCUUUUUCCUGUUCUGAAUGUAGUAAAAGAUUUCGUCAAAAAUGUUAUCUAGACAGGCAUAUGAGAAUUCAUACGGGUGAGAAACCAUUUGUCUGUUGUGUGUGUGGUAAAGAAUUUGGAGAAAAAGGCAAUUUGAACAGACAUAUGAAAAUACACACAUAGGUGGGUUGGACUUCCUAUUGGGCACUAGCCUUGAGUGUCCUCGGUCCCACUGUGAAGAGGGUUUGCUUGGAGAGAUCUCGAUGACGUUUCAAUGAUAACAAACCCCAGCUAAAACCUCCACAAAGCAAAUAUGAAAGUCUAACAAUGAUAAAUUGUACUGGCCGAAUGUCACCCAGGAUUAAGAAGGUCCCCAAAUCACAAAGCAGAAAAAGAUCUUUUCCUGCUUUGCUUACUUAAGGCAUGAGAAGUAGGGCAGGAGGAAAAAGGCAGCAUUUGAAGAGCAGAUAACAGAAGCUUAUUUCCCAACAGAGAAGAAAGAAGCCACCACAACUGCAAAACUACAAUUGUGAGUUUGAAAGAAGUCAGUGGAAGAGGGAAGAAGAGUGGGCACUGCUAUGGGCAACAGAAUAUCCCAAAAGGGAAAUACACCAAUCAAAGAGUCUGUUUAUCCUUCUCAUUAAAGAAAAAUCAUGUUUUUUUUUUUUUUUCCAUUGUGCCAGUAAGCAGCCAGAGAUGAAAAUUUUAAAUUUUUGAUGGGAAGAUCUGUCAUGGUACGUGGAUUGCAUGGUCACAGCCAGAGGUGGUGGCUGGCUGUGUUAUGAAAAACUUACUUUGUCUGAUGCACUACAUGUCAAAAGCACAGUUAGACAUAUGUACAUAUUGUAUGUUUACGGUAUAUUGUGUGCAUGAAUGAACGUGCUGUACCUUUAAACAUAUACAGUUGUGCAAAUUUUACUUUGUUCAUUCAAAAUGGAGCCAACUGAUAGUUGAUUACAGUGCAUCUGUAUCAUAAGUAUUCGCAGCGCUUCACUUUAUCCACAUUUUUUAUGUUUGCAACCUUAUUCCAAAAUGGAAUAGAUUCAUUUUCCCCUCAAAAUUCUAUUCACAACACCCCACAAUGACAA